UUCCGCUCGCCGGCUGCGGCGCCUGGGACGGUUGCGGUGGGUCUGGGCGCUGGGAAGUCGUCCAAGAUGAUUAAAAAAUUCGACAAGAAGGACGAGGAGUCUGGUAGUGGCUCCAAUCCUUUCCAGCAUCUGGAGAAGAGUGCUGUUUUACAGGAGGCUCGUAUAUUCAAUGAAACUCCAAUCAAUCCAAGAAGAUGUUUGCAUAUUCUUACAAAGAUUCUUUACUUACUGAACCAGGGUGAACACUUUGGAACAACGGAAGCUACAGAAGCCUUCUUUGCAAUGACGCGAUUGUUUCAAUCUAAUGAUCAAACAUUGAGGAGAAUGUGCUACCUUACCAUCAAAGAAAUGGCUACCAUCUCUGAGGAUGUGAUAAUUGUCACAAGCAGUCUCACUAAAGACAUGACUGGAAAAGAAGAUGUAUACCGAGGCCCGGCCAUCAGAGCUCUCUGCAGGAUCACCGAUGGAACAAUGUUGCAAGCCAUUGAAAGAUACAUGAAGCAGGCCAUUGUGGAUAAAGUUUCCAGUGUAUCCAGUUCAGCACUGGUAUCUUCCCUGCACAUGAUGAAGAUAAGCUAUGAUGUGGUUAAGCGCUGGAUCAAUGAAGCCCAAGAAGCUGCGUCAAGUGAUAAUAUUAUGGUCCAGUACCAUGCACUGGGAGUCCUGUAUCACCUUAGAAAGAAUGAUCGACUUGCUGUUUCCAAGAUGUUGAAUAAGUUUACUAAAUCUGGUCUCAAGUCACAGUUUGCUUACUGCAUGCUGAUCCGAAUUGCCAGUCGCUUACUAAAAGAAACUGAGGAUGGCCAUGAAAGUCCACUGUUUGAUUUCAUUGAGAGCUGCUUGCGAAAUAAACAUGAAAUGGUUAUUUAUGAAGCUGCUUCAGCUAUCAUCCAUCUUCCUAACUGCACUGCAAGAGAGUUGGCACCUGCUGUUUCAGUUCUUCAACUUUUCUGUAGUUCUCCUAAGCCAGCCUUGAGAUAUGCAGCUGUGAGGACCUUGAACAAGGUGGCAAUGAAGCACCCCUCUGCUGUUACUGCCUGCAAUCUGGACUUAGAAAACUUAAUCACAGACUCAAACAGAAGCAUUGCUACCUUAGCCAUUACUACACUCCUCAAAACAGGAAGUGAGAGCAGUGUGGACCGGCUCAUGAAGCAGAUAUCUUCUUUUGUGUCUGAAAUCUCAGAUGAGUUCAAGGUGGUGGUUGUACAGGCAAUUAGUGCUCUCUGUCAGAAAUACCCUCGAAAGCACAGUGUCAUGAUGACUUUCCUCUCCAACAUGCUCCGAGAUGAUGGAGGCUUUGAGUACAAGCGGGCCAUUGUGGACUGCAUAAUCAGCAUUGUGGAAGAGAACCCUGAGAGUAAAGAAGCAGGCCUAGCCCACCUUUGUGAAUUCAUUGAGGACUGUGAACACACUGUUCUGGCUACUAAGAUUCUACACUUGUUGGGCAAAGAGGGCCCUAGAACGCCUGUCCCCUCCAAAUAUAUCCGUUUUAUUUUUAAUAGGGUUGUCCUGGAGAAUGAGGCUGUCAGAGCUGCUGCUGUGAGUGCUUUGGCUAAAUUUGGGGCUCAGAAUGAGAGUCUUCUCCCAAGCAUCCUUGUACUCUUACAGAGGUGUAUGAUGGAUACUGAUGAUGAGGUACGAGACAGAGCUACCUUCUAUCUGAAUGUGCUGCAGCAGAGGCAGAUGGCACUAAAUGCUACAUAUAUCUUUAAUGGUUUGACGGUCUCUGUACCAGGGAUGGAAAAAGCCUUACACCAGUACACGUUGGAGCCUUCAGAAAAACCGUUUGACAUGAAAUCAGUUCCUCUUGCUAUGGCUCCUGUCUUUGAACAGAAAGCAGAAAUCACACUUGUGGCUACUAAGCCAGAGAAGUUGGCUCCUUCCAGGCAAGACAUUUUCCAAGAACAAUUGGCUGCCAUUCCUGAGUUUCUGAAUAUAGGACCCUUGUUCAAGUCUUCUGAGCCUGUUCAACUUACAGAAGCAGAGACAGAAUAUUUUGUUCGAUGUAUCAAGCACAUGUUUACCAAUCACAUCGUGUUCCAGUUUGACUGCACCAACACUCUCAAUGACCAGCUGCUGGAAAAAGUGACAGUGCAGAUGGAGCCAUCAGAUUCCUAUGAAGUGCUGUCUUGUAUCCCAGCCCCCAGCCUUCCUUAUAACCAACCAGGAAUAUGUUACACUCUUGUUCGUUUGCCUGAUGAUGACCCUACAGCAGUUGCAGGCUCCUUUAGCUGCACCAUGAAGUUUACAGUCCGGGACUGUGACCCUAACACUGGAGUUCCAGAUGAGGAUGGGUAUGAUGAUGAGUAUGUGCUGGAAGAUCUCGAAGUGACUGUGUCUGACCAUAUUCAGAAAGUACUGAAGCCUAACUUUGCUGCUGCUUGGGAAGAGGUGGGAGAUACCUUUGAGAAAGAGGAAACCUUUGCCCUCAGUUCUACCAAAACCCUUGAAGAGGCUGUCAACAAUAUCAUCACAUUUCUGGGCAUGCAGCCAUGUGAGAGGUCCGAUAAAGUACCUGAGAACAAGAAUUCCCAUUCGCUCUAUCUGGCAGGUAUAUUCAGAGGUGGCUAUGAUUUAUUGGUGAGGUCCAGGCUGGCCUUAGCUGAUGGAGUGACCAUGCAGGUGACUGUCAGAAGUAAAGAGAGAACACCUGUAGAUGUUAUCUUAGCUUCUGUUGGAUAAAUGCUUACUGGACAAGAGGAAACUGAUGCACACUACAUGGUCAGUGGUCUUUUAGGCUAGUGGCAUCAGUUUCCCAGAAUCAGACUUUUGAAGAUGAAUGACUUUGGAGAAGCAAAUUAAACAUUUGGCCCUGAGCCAGCAGAUCAAGCAAAUGUCUAUCUUUGCGCAUGGGUUGUUUUUUUUUUUUUUUUUAUUCUACUUGGUCAGCUUUGGGACGAUAGUGCAGCUUUGGGUGAUCUUGAAAAUCAAAUACUAUCCUAUACUCCAGCUGCUUAACUUCAUUUUAUUCUUUAAUGUGUACCUGAAAGCUCCUGGCAAUGCUGGAAAAUUUUUAUCCCAGAGGGGUGGGGGGGAGGGGGGAGGGGAAGCCAGAGUCCACUUUUGUCACAAUUCAUUUUUAUUAAUAGAAAAUAAACACUUAUUCCAGUUUCAAA